AUGAACCCUAACCCCUUCCUUCUCCUUCCUGCUGCCGAUAUGCAUAACCCCAUCGUUCCCGAUUCCCCAGCAACUCUCCGCGGAACCCGAAAGACGACAUUAGCAAUCGGCGAUGGAGCUAACGAUGUCGGAAUGAUUCAAGAAGCCGACAUCGGAAUCAGUGGAGUUGAGCUCAACCUGCGUAUAAUGAUUGGUAUUUGUCUCUUUACAAUGUCUUCUUCACAUCGCUUCCUGUCAUUGCAUUGGGAGUAUUUGAUCAAGAUGUAUCUUCUCGAUUUUGUCUCAAGAAGAAUGUUCUUUUCUCUAUUUGGGAAAAGCUUUGGGCAUUUCGUACAAGUUGUAAAGAAAGAUGUCGAUUUUCUCAAGAAGAAUUUCACUCUCCUUCUUGGCCUCGGCCUUAUUAUCCAGGUGCACAAGAGGAGCUCCAGAAAUGCCGAAUUGAGAAUCCCCAUGUCUGAAUUUUAUUAUACCUUAAAGUCAAAACCGGAAGAUGUUACCCCCAAAGAACGUUGGCGGAAUAAAAAUCUCAAGCUUUGAGCAACCUGGAUUCAACACCUGCAAUAUGAUUAGAAAAAGGAGGUGGAUCCCAAUGUGGAGAAUGAAAAAGAAGAAGGUUUUACUCCAUGUUGAUUUUGAUUUCGAUAUAUAUCAUAUAAGUAACAGUUGAACAAGAACUCAUCCAUGGAGUUUCUGCCACCAAUGAUCACAACAACACAAUAAGAACAGGAACACUGUGGAGUACAGUUGCUCACAUCAUCACUGCAGUCUAAUCUUUCAUGUACGUAUUUGUACGUAGUUUCUACAAUGUGGUUACAACCUCAACUUGUAUGAUGUAAUAAAUUAACUAUGCCUCUUUCUCAAAUGUUUUCAAAGACAUGUUUAUUGUUCAUGUAUACAACACUUUAUCCAUACAGAGCAAUUUAGAAAUCAAAUUGUUACCAUAAAGAAGGCAGGAGGCUACAUGUGAAUAUUCGGGCAAAGAGUCUCAAUAUUUAAAAGAUAAAUUAGAUUACACAUGUCAAAUAGUCUCAAUAUUUAUAACUGUUAUGUAUAGUCUAUCAACACUUUACCAUCCAUGUUUUUAAAUUUAUAAAUACGUAAUGUAUUAAAUAUGAUUACACUAUACUAUUAUUGUUGCGUUAGAUUCAUUUAUUCUAUUCAAUAUGAUAAUUUAAGAUGUUGUAAGCACUUAAUCGAUCAGGGGCAUUUUAGUAAUUUUGUCG